AUGAGCGACUCCAGUCCGUCGCCAUUACGAUCACCAGAAGACGAGGAGUUAUUAGCCAAAUCAUCCAGAAUACGAUUAUGGGUCACAAAACGAAUGAAAGAGUGUCCUCCAAAAACCUACAUUUCUUGUCCACAUUUAUCUUCAUUGACACCUUCUGAUUUUUCUGUUUUUUAUUGUCGUAUAUAUUUUCUUACUUCUUCUUCAUUUCUCGCUCACUCUCAAAUUCAACCACUUCAAUCAGAAGUGUGUUCCGUUCAAAAUCAUCUCAGAUUUCUUUCGAAUUUCCAUCAAUCUUCCACUCUUCCCACUACCCAAUAUAAAAGUGGAAUCCCAGUCUUGCGCAGGCACCACCACCCAACCACUACUACUCACCCCAACCAACUUGGCCAUAAAACAGUGAAAAGGCUGCUCGAGGAUCAAAACGAACGACUUCGAGCUCAAAACUUGCGGUGUACUACACAACUACAAAUGCUCCGAAGUUUUACGGAAAAAUCAAGAAAGAUCAAAGCAGAAAUGGAGAUGAGCAGAAGCAUUACUGGCACACUGCCAGUGUUACGAGAUGAGAACAGAACAUCUGAUGACAGCGGACUGACUUCUGACGACACGGAUCGAAAACAGAUGAGCGUCAGCAUAUCAGAAUGUACUCCGAGAGUUCAGAGAAAAGCUAGUAAGUUUUCAUUCAGAAUAUACUUUUCACACUUCGUUUUUUUUUCAGCUCGAACAAUGUUGAAAAACACGUCUCAAGGGUCUUCUACAUCAGAAUCUUCGCCUUGUGAAGACGAGGCAAAACCGAUGCCACUGCCGAGAAGGAUUCACCAGUCAAUGACCGAAAGAGAUAGUUUGAACUCGUAUGCAGAAGAUUACGAGUACGAUAUCGAAGAGUCUUCAUUUGAAAGAAUCGAAGAACGAGUGAAGAAUGAAAACGAGAAAUAUGCUGAUUAUGUGAAUCUUCAUGAAUUCGUGGCCAUAAAAGACGAUAAAGUUGUCUACUCGGAAAUCGUGAAGCAUCGAUCUGUGGAGAAAGAAGUCCUGCCAACUCUUCCAUCUCAUCAACCAAGACAUUGGGAAACACGACUAAUCCAAGCAGCUGAAAAAUGUUUGUCCGUGAUAGACGGAGCAGAUUCCGAAGGAACUUCUACUGGCCCAUCUGUGUCACCAUAUCAUAUUUCUGAUGUAUCCAGAAUCUCAUCAAACAACAGAACGGAAUCUCCUGGAUCCAGAAAAUCAUCGAAACUAUCAAGAAACUCCUCACCCAGAGUGCCAUCACAUCAUUCUUAUGAAGAUGGGGCUGCCUAUGCAAUCAGGGAUUUGUGUUUGGGAAGUGACUACUAUACACCACCAGAUGCCUCUUCGAGAUAUUCUUCUGGAACUCCGAAUUCUAGAACUUCUCUUAUACCAUCUCGAGAGACAAUGGAGAAGGCUGGAUAUUGGACACAUCUUACGGAUAGCAGAAUAAAAUCAUUGAAAAGAAGAUAUGUAGUGUUGCGGAAUGGGUAUAUCUGUUUCUAUCGGAAGCAUGGUAACAGAGAUGAAGAACCAGUUAAUAAAAUAAACAUCUCGGAUAUUCGAUCAGUUUCAAAAAUUGAACAACAAGGAGCCGCUUAUGCAUUUCAACUGAUUACAGCAUCUGAUAAAAUGAACUUCAUGACUGAAAGUGAGAAGACAACACACGACUGGGUCACAAUUUUAUCUGCUGCUAUAAAAGCAACGACACUACGAGAAAUGGCUAGUCGUGUAACUCCGAUCGAUGCUUCUAUCAGUGGAUGGAUGACACGUGUCAAAUGCGGUCUCUCGAAGAAAGUGUUUGCUGCAUUGGUGAACCAGAAGCUGAUGUUCUUCAAAAAUUCGAACGAUUUGGUCCCCAAUGGAUUUCUAUGCUUACAAGGAUCACAAAUCAGUGAGAAACAGAACGGAACGGAAGAGUAUUCUGGAAGUAGUGAUGAGCAAUUGGAGACAACCAAAGAGCAUCCAAAUCAGAGAAAAAACAACGACAGUUUAUGUGUACAAAUCGCUCAAGAGGAUCCUGUUUAUUUGAUUUUGAGAACGUCGGAAGAAAAGGAAAAAUGGUUGUACUUUUUAAAAGCUGCUAGUGGAACUGCUGCUCUUUGUGGUACUCCUUUCGAGAUUCUUGUCCAAAGAAUGAUGGCUGAAAAUGUUGCAAAUGAUUCUCCACUCUGGAAAGAUUUGUUAUUCACAUCUGGAGAAGAAAUUCCAAAAGACACAAUGACUUCCGUCGAUCCGAGUGAGCGAAAAAAGACAUUGGAAAUCGCAAAAGCAUGUCAAUUGUUCGUAUCGGUUCUGAUGCGUCCUCAGGCGACUCAAUAUCAUAUAGACCUGGCACAAAAUAUUCUUUCAACUGCAGUUCAACAAGAAUAUUUGAGAAAUGAAGUAUAUUCUCAACUGAUCAAAAUGACUAGUGGAUCUAUGCCAUUUGGACUACAAGGAUGGAAACUUCUAGCUCUAACAAUCCCGUUAUUCCUUCCAAAACAGUAUUCUUUACUAUGGCUUCUGAAACGUCAUAUUUCUCGAUGGGUCGAUUUACCAAACGAAUCUGACGAAACUCGAAUGGCAAUAUUUUGUGAAAGUGCAUUGGAUAGAUGUCUACGUGUCGGAGGAAGACAAGAAGGACCGAGUCGUUUGGAAGUAACAUCUAUUCUCACAAGAGAUGUUACCAGAACUAAAUUCCCUCAUUCGAUAUCUGUCAAACUUCCGAAUGCUGAAUAUCAAAUCGUGGAAUUUGAUGGAUCCACUGAAAUAGGUCAAUGCCUUUCCUCACUCUGUCUGAAACUUGGAAUGCGUCCAGCUCUUCUCUCUGGAUAUGCUCUUUACAUGAACGAUCCACUCACUCACAGUCUUAUUCUUCUCAAAGGAAAACAGAAACUGUGUGAUUCCCUAUCAACGUGGGAAUCUCGUUCAAGAGAUGCUCAACGAGGAAGAAUAUCAUCAGAUUGUGCAGCUGCACUUUCUCUUCGAAUGCGUCAUUAUUGGAGUCACUUGAAAAGUACUGAAACACCAAUCGAACGACAGUUCUUAGUGUGGAGAGCAUCCGAAGAGAUAGUUAAUGGAAGAAUACCGCUGAGCAAUCAACUGUGUGAGAGUUUGGCAGCCCUCUAUGCUCAAAUGGUAUUUGGAGAUGCGAAUCAAUCAUUGUCUGAUCAGCAGUUUGAUUUUAUUAGCCAGCGUUUUUAUCCAUCGAAAAUGUUAGAUGUCGCAUGCAUCAAAAGUUUAAGACUUCAAAUCAAUACAAACUGGAAUGAAUUAGUGGGAAUGAGUGAACAAGAAUGCGUUCGUGUAAUUCUCCAAGUUCUGAACAAAUGGCCUCUUUUCGGAUGUGAUCUUCAUGAAGCAUCAAUGAGAACUGACAAUGAGAGAAAAAUAUAUUUGGCUCUCAAUGAUCAUUCUGUCAGUUUACUUGAUCGGAGACAUUUCGACGUCAUCCGCACCAUCUCCUACAGUAGUCUUUCUACAUUUGGUCAAUUUCAACAAGAUUUUAUGUUAACCGUAAUCCGUCCUCUGACACCCGGAUCUCAUCCUGAUGAAGCGCCGAAAGAACGGCUGACAUUCUCAAUGCAAAAGAAUGAAAUAGAACAACUAACACUUCAUCUUGCAGAAUAUAUUCGUUGUCAAAAACUUGUCUGGAAAGUUUCUAAAUAA